GCUGCGCAUCACGGCCAAGGGCAAGGUCGCCUUCAUUAAGCUGGAGGACAAGACCUCGGGAGAGCUUUUUGCCCAGGCGCCGGUGGAGCAGUUCCCUGGCAUCGCUGUGGAGGGCGUGACAGACUCCAGCAGAUAUUUCGUCAUCCGGAUCGAGGACGGGAACGGCCGACGAGCUUUCAUCGGAGUCGGCUUUGUCGACCGAGGGGAUGCUUUUGACUUCAAUGUAGCUCUCCAAGACCAUUUUAAAUGGGUGAGGCAGCAGAGCGAGCUGGCCAAACAGGCGGAGAACCCCGAUCAGGGACCCAAACUGGAUCUGGGCUUCAAGGAGGGGCAAACCAUCAAACUCAACAUUGCGAACAUGAAGAAAAAAGAAGGAGCGACGGGGAACACCAGACCGCGUCCCGUGGGGCCUGGGGGCUUGAGCUUGCUCCCACCGCCUCCCGGAGGAAAAUCUUCCGCUCCGGUUUGUCCUUCCGGAGAGCGUUCGCCUUCGCUCUCCAUGCCUGCCCAGCUCCCGGGCACCCCCAUCACAGAUGCCCUCUUGUCCUGGCCGCAGCCCGCUGCCGCUCCUUCUGCCGCCGCCGAUGCCUGGGGAGACUUUGCCAAAGCUUCGGGGUGA